GAAUAUUGUCAUUAUUAUAUUUGUUUUCAUGAUUAUAGGUAGCAAGACUUUACAUGCAGAGGAAUUGGAACAAGAAUUGACUACUGAGCCAAGAAUUCCCACAACAGAAGAAUUGGAAAGUCAGUUGGCAGCAAAACAAAAGCAACUCGACUUGUUAAAAAGUGAAAUGGACAAGGCUAAAAAAGAGACAGAGAAAACCAAACAAGAUUUGAAUAAACAAGCACGAACAUUACAAGAUAAGAAUGAAGAGAUACUUGCACAACUGGAUAAAAAGAAUAAGGAAGCGUUGCAGUUACAGGAAGAACUGGCCAAAGUACAAGAACAGUUAUUUGAAGUUCAAAAAAUGGUAGAAAAUCCACAUCUUUCUCAAUGGCUUCGUUCCAAAGCAGAAUUUCUCAAAACAUAUGUUGACCCGUAUCUGUUGGAAGCUAUCGAAAACACAAAGAAUCAACUAUCUUCUACUAACUAUUUAUCAACACAAGUUGUUGAUCAUCUUCGCGACAAUCUCGAAAUGAAGCUUCAGAAGACCCCAGUCAAAAAGUUUUCUCCGAUAAUGGCAGGAAUUCUUUCUUAUGGAGUAGUAUUGGUUCCCCUUGGUCUGAGUUUUUAUGGUAUUUUUCGACUAUCUUCUCGAAUUUCGUUGAAACAUUAUAUUCUGAUCGGAAGUCUUGUUAUUGCUACUCUUCAUAUAUUUUUUGCUCUCAUUUCACUCUUUACAAGGCAAGAUGCCUUAACAUAUCUUCAACAAGCGAACGAGAACAAUUUUAUCUUUCUUCAGUUGAUUAUGGGAGUGUUGUAUAUUGCUUACUGUGGACUGCUUAUCGUAGGCUUAUCAUCCACAGAAAAUCGUCGAGACUUGUUCAUGCUCUUGAUCAUCUUCUUGUGUUAUUUUAUGCUUGGUUUGUAUUAUCGUGAAAUCGUGUGGAGACCAACCAUGCGAAAGGAUAUCAUUCGUAGCAGCAUUUGGAGUCAUCUCACUUGUAGCUUAUUUACUACUAUGCUGUUAGUUGCUUUGGCUUCUGUAUUGAAGUCUUAUAAACAAGGAGAGCGUCAUAUUGCCACCUCUAUUCGAGAUUUAGAAAAUGGCUUUUUUAACAAGGAAGCUAGGAAAGGUGAUAAAAUUCAAUAGCAGCUAAUGUGCUCAUAAUAGCUUUUGUGGGAUGAAAAUGCUUUCUGUAUACUUUUUCAUUUGGAUGAUGAUAAACACAAGGAUAUUCUU